CAAUCGAUACAGAAUUUCCGGCGAAAAGGACGGAGGGAAUAACGGAAGAAAAGCUGUCUUAUUUGUAUUUUUCUGUUAUUGUCAUCCGAAAGAAUGGCAUAUAACUAUGUUGUUACGGCUCAUAAGCCGACAGCAGUAAAUGCUUGUGUCACAGGUAAUUUCACAUCUUCAGAUGAUCUCAAUCUAAUAAUUGCUCGUAACACUCGACUAGAAAUCUAUGUCGUUACUCCAGAAGGUCUCCGCCCAAUAAAAGAAGUCGGCAUCAAUGGAAGAAUCGCUGUCAUGGAAUUGUUUCGACCUCCAGGUGAAAGUAAGGACCUUAUGUUUCUCCUGACGUCCAGAUACAAUGCAAUGAUCCUGGAAUGUAACCAGAAUGGUGACAACAUUGAUAUCAUCACCAGAGCUCAUGGCAAUGUUCAGGACCGGAUAGGAAGACCAUCAGAGACAGGAAUUAUUGGUAUCAUUGAUCCACUCUGCCGUGUAAUAGGACUUCGACUUUACGAUGGUCUUUUCAAAGUUAUUCCUCUUGAUCGGGAUAAUAAGGAAUUGAAAGCAUUCAACAUCAGGUUAGAGGAGCAGAUCGUGGUGGACAUGCAGUUUCUACAUGGCUGUACGACACCUACACUCAUUCUCAUCCACCAGGAUCAACAUGGCCGUCAUGUGAAGACAUAUGAAAUAUCACUAAGAGACAAAGAGUUUCAGAAAGGUCCCUGGAAACAAGAUAAUGUAGAGACCGAGGCAUGCAUGGUCAUAGCAGUGCCAGAGCCUUUUGGUGGAGCUCUGAUCAUUGGCCAGGAAAUAAUCACAUAUCACAAGGGAGAUAACUUCAUACCUAUUGCACCUCCAGCCAUAAAGCAAAGUACGUUGAUUUGUCAUGGUAAAGUUGAUGCCAAUGGGUCGCGGUACCUCCUGGGAGACAUGAUGGGUAGGCUGUUUAUGUUACUUCUGGAGAAGGAAGAAAAGAUGGAUGCCACCGUUGUUGUCAAAGACCUUAAAGUGGAGCUACUUGGAGAGACUACAGUAGCCGAGUGCAUUACGUAUCUGGACAAUGGGGUGGUCUAUAUCGGUUCAAGACUUGGAGACUCCCAGCUCAUCAAGCUGGAUGUUGAAUCGGAUGACAAUGGGUCGUAUGUUACGGAGAUGGAGAGAUUCACAAACCUCGGACCUAUACUAGACAUGUGUGUGGUUGACCUGGAGCGACAGGGCCAGGGACAGCUUGUGACAUGUUCCGGAGCUUACAAAGAGGGGUCCCUUCGUAUCAUUAGGAAUGGUAUCGGCAUACAUGAGCAUGCAAGUAUAGAUCUGCCAGGAAUUAAAGGAAUCUGGUCGUUACGAGUCAGCUCUACAGACUAUGAUAACAUGAUUGUUCUAUCCUUCGUCGGUCAGACCAGAGUGUUGAUGUUGAACGGCGAAGAAGUGGAGGAGACCGAGCUGGCAGGAUUUGAACCAGAUCAACAAACAUUUCUUUGUGCUAACGUUGUUCACAAUCAACUUCUGCAGAUCACGCCGGUGUCUGUACGACUUGUGAGUUGUGAGUCACAUCGACUGGUCAGUGAAUGGAAACACGCCGGGGGAAAGAACAUCAGUCUGGCUUCUAGUAACACUUCCCAAGCUGUGGUCGCUGUCGGCAGUGAACUGUAUUAUCUGGAGAUAGGACAAGGAGAGGUUAAGGAACUCAGUAAAACAACAAUGGAACAUGAGGUAGCCUGUGUGGACAUCACACCUCUGAGGGAUGGUUCUGACCAGGCAGAGCUCUGUGCUGUGGGGCUGUGGACUGACAUAUCGGCAAGGGUGCUCAAGUUACCGACGUUUGAGAGUCUGAAUGUGGAAAUGCUUGGUGGAGAGAUCAUCCCUAGGUCUAUACUAAUGACGACGUUUGAGGGUAUUCACUACCUAUUAUGUGCAUUAGGAGACGGCUCUCUCUUCUACUUCAAUCUCAACAUUGACACAGGAUAUUUCUGUGAGAAGAGGAAGGUGACUUUGGGUACCCAGCCCACGGUACUGAAGACAUUCCGUUCACUGUCCACCACCAAUGUGUUUGCCUGCUCGGACCGUCCAACAGUCAUCUAUUCAAGUAACCAUAAACUUGUCUUUUCCAAUGUCAACCUGAAGGAGGUCAACCACAUGUGUCCACUCAACUCGGAGGGCUAUCCUGAUAGUUUAGCCCUGGCCAAUGAUAGCACACUUACCAUUGGAACGAUCGACGAGAUCCAGAAACUACACAUUAGAACCAUUCCUCUUAUGGAGUCACCAAGGAGGAUAGCAUACCAAGAAGGAUCCCAGACGUUCGGAGUCAUCUCCACAAGGAUGGAUGUCCAGGAUAGUAAUGGCAUGUCUCCGUCACGGCCGAGCGCCAGUACGCAUGCUGCCAUGACAACAAGUAGUUCCAGUGUUAAGAUGGUUACCACGGGAACCAGUACAAUGUCAGAACACACAUUUGGUGAUGAAGUUGAGGUCCACUCCCUCCUCAUCAUAGAUCAACACACAUUUGAAGUGCUACAUGCCCACCAGUUGUUACAGAACGAAUUCGCCACUAGUCUUAUAUCUGCAAAGCUCGGUGACGACCCAAAUGUAUAUUAUAUAGUGGGCACAGCCCUAGUACACCCAGAGGAGGCCGAACCUAAACAAGGAAGGAUUAUCAUAUUUCACUACAAUGAAGGAAAAUUAAACCAAGUGGCAGAAAAAGAAAUCCGAGGUGCAGCAUACACACUGUUAGAAUUUAAUGGCAAAUUAUUAGCCAGUAUUAAUAGUACAGUUCGGUUAUUCGAAUGGACGACAGAGAAGGAGCUUAGACUAGAAUGCAGCUACUUUAACAACAUUGUAGCUCUCUACCUAAAAACAAAAGGUGAUUUUAUACAAGUUGGAGAUCUGAUGAAGUCCAUUACACUUCUGCUGUAUAAACCAAUGGAAGGAACAUUUGAAGAGAUUGCCAGAGACUGUAAUCCUAACUGGAUGACAGCGGUGGAAAUACUCGACGAUGACAAUUUCCUCGGUGCUGAGAACUCCUUCAACUUAUUUACCUGUCAGAAGGACAGUGCUGCUACCACAGAGGAAGAUCGACAGAACCUACAGGAGGUUGGAAUGUUUCAUUUGGGAGAAUUUGUUAAUGUCUUCAGACAUGGCUCCCUGGUUAUGCAGCAUUCGAGUGAGAACACGAUGCCUACACAGGGCUCCGUACUUUUUGGAACCGUCAAUGGUGCUGUAGGUCUUGUGACGCAGCUAACUCAAGAUUUCUACAACUUCCUAUUGGAUGUCCAGGGUCGAUUGGCUAAGGUCAUCAAAAGUGUGGGGAAAAUAGAUCACUCUUUUUGGCGAUCCUUCCACACAGAAAGGAAGACAGAGCCUGCCGAAGGCUUUAUCGAUGGCGACCUCAUCGAAAGUUUUCUGGAUUUAUCUCGGGACAAGAUGCAAGAAACAGUCCAGGGGCUACAGAUGGACGACGGUAGUGGGAUGAAGCGAGAAGCAACAGUAGAUGACUUGGUGAAAAUGAUUGAAGAACUGACACGAAUUCACUGAUGGUCACAACUAACACUGACCUACAGACUAAAGAGUUCCAAACAAGGGACAGAACUCUAUCACAGUGUCGACAUGAAACAUUGCUGUGGUGCCUGUUACCAUUGUAACACUAUGACAGUGUCGACAUGAAACAUCGAUGUGGUGCCUGUUACCAUUGUAACAAAUUUGGUGCAAACAAAGGGGGAUAACUGCAUGUGACACUAAAUACGCUAGUGCUGACCGGAAGGAAUGUGAUGAUAUAGUGCUGAAGUAUUUAUGCUGUCUAUAUUUUGGUGUGGACAGCUAUUGACUUGUGAAACAAGAGUGUUAUAUCUGUUUUUGUAGAAAGAAUGUGCAACAUUAACACUAAUCCCAGCAGAGACAGAUACUUGUUUAAAUGGGGUAAAGAUUUGUUAGAUAUUAAACAAACUUUACUUCUUUGUUCCAGGAAUCACUGAUUUUCUGUUACAUGAUGCUUGUUAAUGAUGUUACCCUUGAUCUAGAUUUAUCCGUCACUCACAUAAAACAAGGUAAAUCUUUCUUUUUUUCAGAAUUUUCAUUCAUUAACUUCAUCAAACUUAGUGUUUUACAAAUGAUAUUAAAGCUUAAAUGUUUAGAGCUUUUGAUUAGUAAACCUAAAUAUCAUGUACGCUUCUUCAAUAGAAGGUUGUUGGAUCACAGAUAUUGUAAGGAAAGACAAAGUUUUCAUAAAAUUUUUAAAAUUUUUGUGGAAAGAUUUUAAAUCAAGAAAAUUUGUAUCCAUCGUAAAUUCUGUUCUGAAAAUAAAGUGUGAGACAGGUAAA